AUAAAUUUAUUUUGAUGGUGCUUUUUUUUCUUGUUUCCAUUUUGUUCACUGUUAAAGAAUUAGUGCACCCAAAUGAGCAUUUCUUGAAGCUCCUCCUCUUUGUGGAAUUUUGGGUGUACUUUGAAAUACAAUGUGAAGACAAACAAUUCUAAAAAAAUAAACUUUAUUCUUGACAUUUUUUCCCUCAGUAAACAAAGUUUGCUAGAGUCUGUAAAACCAUCCUGGGACAACAAGAUGCCCACAAUCUAAAACAGCCAUAAUACUUCCAACUCCGUGCUUCACAAAGGAAUCCAUCGGAUACAUUCAGUUUGAAAUUUUGAAGCUUUUUUUUUUUUUUUUUACAUCUGUUGUUAUGGUAGAAGUUUGUUUACAGUUGUUAUAUUGAUUGAUAUAGAUUUUCUAUUCCAUGUACCACACUCAGAUAAAUUACAUCAUAACACACACUUAACAACUUUUUUAGCCCAAAAAAUAUACAUUUAAGAAAUAGGAGCAGCAGGAUUUUGGUCGCUUUCAUUUGCAUUUCCCAAAUAUUUUUGUAAAUAUAAGGCUAGUAUUCCGCAUUACUAUUUUAAAUAUUUUCUUCUAUUUUUGCUCUUGCAAAUUUAUCUUUAUUUUUUUAUGUUUAAAGUAAACUUUUUACUAAUUAAGAGGCUUUUUUUUAAAUCAGCAGUUCAUCAGUAAAUGAUAUAACCUCUCAGUUGCUGUGACGUACACAUGGACACACAUGUUUGCCUGAAAGGACUCCGUGUAUUUAUAUCUGAGUAUUCUUCAUCUCACUUAUUUGGGUCUGAGCCGCUACAAACGUGUGAGGCGUGGAGCUGCAGCACGAAGUGAUUGAACGAAAACCUGAGUGGAUUAGCAGCUUGGAGGACUUUAAAAGGAGAGCCUCAGACCGACAGAGGUGUAGAACAAGCCAGAAGCCAACAGAGACAGCACAGCUUCGGAGAAACGAAAACAAACCACAAUGGCAGAUGUUGCAACUCCCGCUGACAGGAAGGCCCCUCCUAAAUUCAAGCAGAGGACAACCCGCACCUUCAAGAGCAAGGCGCCCAAACCUGGACAGAAAGGAUUCGGAGACGACAUUCCCGGCAUGGAGGGCCUGGGCACAGACAUCACGGUGGUUUGCCCAUGGGAAGCCUUCGGGGACAUGGAGCUCAGCGACCUGGCCAAAUUUGGAAUUGUUUAGCGCUCUUCCUGCUGCCCUUACCCUUCUUGCAGUUGCUCUUCCUCAUGUGGUCCUCCUCUAUGUCUUCUACGCUGUACAGAAGAAGCAGCUUAACACUGUAGAUGUCUGAUCAUAGAAAAAAAAGAGAGAUCUCGGUCCUUCAUGCACUUUACCUUCCAUUGCCUUUCCAACCAACCUGUUCUUUCCUUUCCUCCUCUUUCCUGCUGCUCAAACUUUUGUAUGUCCACUGAUGUGAGAAAUGCCACAAAUGUUGAAUGCAUUUGGCUAAAUAAAAAAAGAAAUGUCAUUCUAACAUUCAGAAUGCAAAUAUUUUCCCUUUGUUUCCCCCCAUUCCCGUUAAAGCUGCUAUUUAGCAUUUUUAAAAUGUGCUAGCCAAACUGUUUCUACGAGAAACCUGUUCCAUAUUUAUUUCACUGUGUGGAAAACAAGCAACAUUCAAUAAAAAAAAUUGUCCACAGAA